UAUAAAUUGUUAAUGAUUUCUUCAUCUAGAAAGCUCUUUGGCAAUAUAGUAUUGGGAAAAUCCCUUGUAUCUACACCAGUUUUCUUUGCAGGAAAAGAAUUAAGUUUUGGACAGGAGUGUAGAUAAUAGAUGUUGAGAGGAUGUGACAAAUUAGCAGAUGCAGUUUAGACAACUCUUGGACCAAAAGGAAGAAAUGUAGUGAUUGAUUAAGCUUUUGGUGGUCCAAAAAUUACAAAGGAUGGUGUUACUGUAGCAAAAGCUAUUGAAUUUUCUAACAGAUUUGAAAAUAUUGGAGCUUAAUUGGUAAAAUCAGUAGCAUCUAAAGCUAAUGAUGAAGCUGGUGAUGGUACAACAACAGCUACAGUUUUAGCUAGAGCCAUAUUCAAAGAGGGAGUAAAAAGUGUAGCAGCUGGACUUAAUGUAAGAUUUAGUUAUUUAUAUUAAUUAGCCAAUGGAUUUAAGAAGAGGUAUCAAUAUAGCAUGUGAUGCUGUUGUUAAAGAUUUAAAAAAUAGAUCUAAAUAAGUUAAAUCUAAAGAAAUGAUUGAAAAUGUUGCUACAAUCUCUGCUAAUGGAGAUGUUGAAAUUGGAAAAUUGAUCGCAGAACUUAUGGAUAAAGUAGGAGAACAUGGAACUAUUACUGUAUCUGAUGGAAAAACACUUCAUCAUGAAAUUGAAUUUGUAGAAGGUAUGAAAUUCGACAGAGGAUACAUCAGUCCUUAUUUUGCUACUGAUGCUAAGACAUAAAAGACAGAGUUUGAAAAACCAUACAUCUUAAUUACAGAUAAGAAGAUCUCAAAUAUUCAAUCAAUUCUCCCUAUUUUAGAACAUGUUGUUAGAGAAAGCAAACCACUCUUAAUUAUUUCUGAAGAUGUUGAAUCAGAAGCUUUAGCUUAAUUAGUUCUUAAUAAAUUAAGAGGUGGUCUCAAAGUAUGUGCUGUUAAAGCACCUGCUUUUGGAGUAAUUAUUAUUUAUAUAUUCAUAGGAUAACAGAAGAGCUAUCUUAAAUGAUAUUGCUAUCCUUACUGGAGCUACUGUUGUUACAGAAGAUCUUGGAUUAACUUUAGAUAAGGCUGAUCACACUGUUCUUGGAUAAUGCAAAUCUGUCCUUGUCACCAAAGAUGAUACUAUCAUUAUGGAUGGAAUUGGAUCUAAGGAAAGCAUCAAUGAAAGAUGUGAAAUUAUCAAGGCUUAAAUCUCAGAAUGCACUUCUGAUUAUGAUAAAGAUAAACUUAAAGAAAGAUUAGCUAAAAUAUAAGGAGGAGUUGGAGUCAUUAAAGUUGGUGGAGCUUCAGAAGUUGAAGUUGGAGAAAUCAAAGAUAGAAUCACUGAUGCACUUAAUGCCACUAGAGCUGCCAUUGAUGAAGGAAUUGUUGUUGGUAAAUUUAUUUUAUUAAUAUUUAGGUGGUGGAUGUGCUUUAUUGUAUGCAACUAGAGUUUUAGAUAAACUUAAGGGAGAUAACUUUGAUUAAAAUAUUGGAAUCUAAAUUGUUAAAAAAGCUAUUGAAUUACCAUGCAGAACUAUUGUUGAAAAUGCAGGAGAAGAAGGAGCUGUUGUUGUUGGAAAAUUAUUAGAAGGAAAUGAUGAAGAAGUAGGAUAUGAUGCAUCUAAAUCAUAAUACGUUAAUAUGAUCAAGGCUGGUAUCAUUGAUCCAACAAAAGUUGUAAGAACUGCACUUGUUGAUGCUGCUUCUGUUGCUAGCUUAAUGACAACUACAGAGUAAACUAUUAUCAUAUCGUAGAUGUAUGAUUGUUGAAGGAAAAAAAGAUGAAAAAGCCGGAACUCCAGACAUGGGAGGCAUGGGAGGCAUGGGAGGAAUGGGAGGAAUGUAUUGAUAAAGUGAUUAUUGUUCAUUUAGUAUCAAAU